AGCAUCAAAUUGCUUCUAUUGUUUUUUCAACCAUCGGAUGUUUUAGCUUUUCAGGUAGUAAAUGCUAAUGCAUCAUUAAAACGUGUGGAGUAGCUACUCCUAGCUGAAGAGAGAACUCUAGCACCAAAUCCACCUCGUGAACUGGGACUUCCAGCCAUCUCAGUUAAGAAUGGAGAUUUUUCAUGGGAUCCAAAGUUGGCAGCUUAGUUGCAAUUAUUACUGGAACUGGAGAAGGGAAAACAUCACUUAUAUCAGCAACGCUAGGGGAGCUGCCUCCCAUGGCUGAUGCAAUGUUGUUGUUCGAGGAACAGUUGCUUAUGUUCCUCAAGUUUCAUGGAUUUUCAAUGCUACCGUACGUGACAGUAAACUAUUUGGAUCUGGAUUUGAAUUGGAACAAUAUUGGAAGACAAUAGAUGUUACUGAAUUACAGCAUGAUCUUGACUUACUUCCUGUCACGAUCUCACAGAGAUUGGUGAAAGGGGUGAAUAUUAGUGGCGGGCAGAAGCAUUGAGUUUCUAUGGCAAGAGCUGUCUAUUCCAAUUCGGAUGUCUGCAUAUUUGAUGACCCUUUAAGUGUGCUAGAUGCACAUGUUGGACGACAGGUUUUCAACAAAUGUAUUAAAGAAGAGCUGCAAAGGAAAAACCCGGAUACUUGUCAUUAACCAGCUGCAUUUUCUUUCCCAUGUGGAUCAAAUUAUUUUGGUCUCGGAAGGUAUGAUUAAAGAAGAGGGAACUUUUGAGGUGCUCUUGGAAAAUGGCAAGCUAUUCCAGAAAAUAAUAGAAAAUGCAGGGAAAAUGGGAGAGAUGGAUGAACAAAGAAAAGAACAUGAAGAAAAAAACUUAGAUGAAGAGAUCUCUAAAGAAGCUACUAAUGGGAUUGUUGGGAUGAAAGAUCUGGAAAACCAUGCAAAAAAGGAGAAAGGGAGGAAAUCUGUGCUUAUCAAGCAAGAACGAAGGGGAAACAGGUGUCUGUCAGUUGGAAUCUUUUGAUGAGAAGGUUGCAUGGUGCAAUGUUAAAUUCAAUCCUAAGAGCUCCAAUGCUAUUCUUUCACAGCAAUCCAACAGGACGUGUGAUAAAUAGGUUUUCAAGGGACAUAGACGAUAUAGAUUGCCAAGUUUCCAAUUUAGUGAAGACGUUUCUCAGUGAAGUCUGGCAGCUCCUUUCAACUUUUGCCUUGAUAGGCAUUGUGAGCACAACUUCGUUAUGGACCAUACUACCACUUCUUAUAUUGUUUUAUGCCACCUAUCUAUAUUAUCAGUUAUGCAGAAUGGAAGAGCAGAAAACAAGGCUGCAUCUGCAUCAACAAUGGGUCUACUUCUCAGUUAUUCUUUACAAAUCACCAGUCUUUUGAGUGAUCUUCUAAGAGAAGCAAGUAGGGCCGAGAACAUCUUAAAUGCUGUGCAGCAUGUAGACACAUAUAUUGAUCUGCCUUGAGUGGUUUCAGAUAUAAUUUAGAGCAAUCGGCCACUGCCCAGGUGGCCUUCAGUGGGAUCAAUUAACUUUGAGGAUGUUGUCCUAUGUUAUAUGCCUGAACUUCAUCCAGUUUUGCAUGGAUUAUCCUUCACUGUUUUUCCAAGUGAGAAAGCAGGGAUUGUGGGAAGAACUGCUGCAGGAAAGUCAAGCAUGUUGAAUGCAUUAUUUCAGAUGGUAGAAGAGGAAAACGGAAGGAUCUCAAUAGAUGGUUGUGAUCUUGCUAAAUUUGGACUUACAGAUCUGCGGAAGGCUCUUAGUAUCAUACCAUUAUCACUGGUUCUUUUCUCAGGAACAGUAUGAUUUAAUCUUGAUCCAUUUAGUGAGCACAAUGAUGCUGACCUGUGGGAGGUGUUGGAGAGGGCAUGUUUGAAGGAUUUCAUCAGCCAGAAUCCUUUUGGUCUGUAUGCUCAGGUUUUGGAAGGUGGGGAGAAUUCCAGCGUUGGGCAGAGGCAACUUUUAAGUCUUGCUUGAGCAUUGCUGAGAAGAUCGAAGAUUCUUGUUCUUGAUGAAGCAACUGCAGCUGUUGACAUUAGGACUGAUGCUCUUAUCCAGAAAACCAUUCAGGAAGAAUUCAAAUCCUGCACCAUGCUUGUUAUUACUCACAGAAUAAAUACAAUCAUUGACUGUGACCAGAUUCUUGUGCUUGAUGCUGGUCAGGUUCCAGAACAUGAUACUCCAGAGGAACUGUUAUCUAAGGAAGAAAGUGCAUUUGUGAAAAUGGUUCAAAGUACAGGGCCUGCAAAUGCUCAGUAUUUACAUAGCUGGGUUUUUGGAUGUGAAGCGGGCAAGUUGGGAAGAGAAGAAACCAAGAGGUUGGAUGGAAUUAAGAGGAACUAGUUUGCUUCUUCCCGCUGGACUGCUGCUGCUCAGUUUUCCCUAGCUCUUAGCCUUACUUUUUCACGGGUUGAUCUUCAAAGGUUGGAUUUUGAAAAUGGGAAUGAUAUACUCAAGAAAACAAAAGAUGCUGUCAUAACACUGCAGGAUGUUUUGGAGGGAAAGCACGACACCGACAUAGACAAUGCGUUGCAGCAGUACAAAGUAGCAAGUGACACUUGGUGGUCAGCUCUCCAUAGAAUGAUUGAAGGUCUUGCUGGAAUGAACAGGUUGUCUCGGCAUACCAGGCUUCAACAACCAGAGUUUGAUUUGGAAGAGACCACUAGGUUGGGAUGAUUGUGAAAUGUAGUAGACAGUAGGAACUGGAAGUGUUAAUAGUUUCUACGCAUCAACUGAAAAUUUCUGUGCCACAACGGUUCUGUUAUAUGUAUUGAAAUCACCGGUUGACUGAUAAGAUGCUGAUACUUACCAUCUCUGUUCACUGGUGGCUACUGCCCCAUUACAUUGCGCUCCC